UGGCCGAUGUUAAUAGCAGGUUACUAUGAGUGCUCUGUAUUUGCAGAUUUUCUUUGUAGGAUAUCUCAAACACGGGGAGUGCGUUCACGAGAGGGAAAGCGCGUUACCGGUAGUGAUGUGCGGGUGCUAAAAGUGACGUUUCCGUGUGCCGUGGUCUCACUUCAACGACAGUGAAUGUAGGCCAUGAGAAGUGGGCCAGCUCUCAGUUGGGUCGUUUCGGUGGCGGAGGUGGUGGAGGCGGUGGCGGCGGCCGGUGUUGUUUCUGUGGACUGUGAGCAGCAAAACCAGCUCGAGAAGUGCCACUCGUGCGGCGAGUUCAGAUUUAGCGGUGCGAAUUCGUCGUAUCCGUGCUCACCUCCGGACCAAGGUGCAGUGGGAGCAGACGUGCCUAGAGCCGGUGUGUUUUGGUCGGCGACGGAAACCACGGAGGCUGUUGCGACGGCGUCACAGUGGUGCCGCGGCAGGGCAACAGGAGAGGACGAGGACCACGGGAGCUACGUCGAUAAUACCAUCAGCGAAGACGGUGAGAUCGGCGGCAACGGGGACGACGAAUGCCUCCGCUAUUGACGACGUCCAUGGAACGCAGCAAACCGGCGGCGUACUGUAGUAGCAAUGGCCGCGAGGACGUGUACACGACGAGCACCGCGCAACAGACCAGCAACAGCAGCAGCCCCGUCAAGCCCGGGGGCGGUCCCACCUCUUACAGCAGCAGCUGCUCGUCGACGCCGCGCAAGGUGGCCAGCUCCACCUCCUCGGGCGCCGAUCCGCACUCCUUCUGGACGGCGCUGUACGAUUACGACGCCCAGGGCGAGGACGAGCUCAGCCUGCGGAGGGGCGAGCAGGUGGAGGUGCUGUCAAAAGACUUCAAGAUCUCGGGUGACGAGGGCUGGUGGACGGGCAAGAUCGGCGACAAGGUGGGGAUCUUCCCGGCUAACUUCGUCACCAACAACGGCGGCGUGCUAGCGGAGCGCGUCGCCAGCGUCAUUGGCGACUCUGUGCAGCCCGUCGAAAUCAACUUCUCCGAGCUGGAGCUGGAGGAGGUGAUCGGCGUGGGCGGCUUCGGUAAGGUGUACCGCGGCUUCUGGCGCGGCCAGGAGGUCGCCGUCAAAGCGGCGCGCCACGACCCCGACGAGGACAUCGCCGUCACGCUGGACAACGUGCGCCAGGAAGCGAAGCUGUUCUGGCUUCUGGAGCACGAAAACAUCGUGUCACUGAAGGGCGUGUGCCUGCAGCUGCCCAACCUGUGCCUGGUGAUGGAGUACGCGCGGGGCGGCUCUCUCAACAGGGUACUGGCAGGCCGCAAGAUCCGCCCCGACGUGCUCGUCGACUGGGCUAUCCAGAUUGCCCGCGGCAUGAACUAUCUGCACAACGGCGCUCCCGUCUCCCUCAUCCACCGCGACCUCAAGUCCUCUAACGUGCUGCUGAGCGAGCCGAUCGAGAACGACGAGCUGCAGUUCAAGACGCUCAAGAUCACCGACUUCGGGCUGGCGCGCGAGGUGGACAAGACGACGCGCAUGUCGGCGGCCGGCACGUACGCCUGGAUGGCGCCCGAGGUCAUCAAGACGUCCACCUUCUCCAAGGCCAGCGACGUCUGGAGCUACGGUGUUCUCCUGUGGGAGCUGCUCACCGGAGAAACACCAUACAAAGGCAUUGACACCCUGGCGGUGGCAUACGGAGUGGCAGUCAACAAGCUGACGCUACCCAUCCCUAGCACCUGCCCUGAACCCUGGCGGGAUCUCAUGGAAGCAUGCUGGAAUUCUGACCCACACAUGAGACCUUCAUUCGAAGACGUCCUCCUAGCACUCGACGCAAUAAUGCAUUCUGCAUUCACUCAGACACCCCAUGAGAGUUUCCACACCAUGCAGGAAGACUGGAGGCAAGAGAUAGAGCAAGUCCUCCAUGGAUUGCGGAUGAAGGAAAAAGAGUUGCGGUGUCGUGAGGAAGAGCUGACGAGGGCACAGAUGCAGCAGAAACUAGUGGAGGAACACUUGCGUCGUCGCGAACGAGAGCUGGAGGCACGUGAGAUCGACUUGCUGGAGCGUGAGCUCCACAUCAUGAUCAUCCAGCAGACAGCACAAGCCCAGCAGGCACCGACGCCCAAGAGGCGCCGUGGAAAGUUCAAGCGCAACCGCUUGCUGCGCUCUUUGAAGAAAGAACCUGGACAGAUCAGCUCACCUUCAGGUUUCCGGCACACCAUCACUGUGCAGCACACGGCACUGGACCGUAAACCUCGAAACCCUUCAAGUCCAAACAGUCCACCUGGAUCGCCCAGCAUUCCGAGGCUUCGAGCAAUUGCACUCCCAGCCGACGGGGUGAAGGGUAAGACGUGGGGUCCCAGCACGUGCCACCAGCGGGAGCGCGGCCAGAUCAUCUCGCGCGUCGUCGACGGCCAGAAGCGCUGGAGCCGGAGCGCGCCCGACCUGGAGAAGCGCACGGCCCUGCACGCAAUAGACUACGGAAUGCCAGACCCUGACCGGGCACCACCGGAAUAUGUGUCACCUGCAGUCCCGCCGGUGAGUGGAUCGGGGGCGGGUCCCCCCUACCUCCUACCAGCAGCAGCGCUCUACUUCGACGGCCUGGCCGCGACUGGUGCGGGCCGCUCCGGGAAGCUAUCCAUCAUCGAACUGGUGCUGUGCAAUGUGGCAGCCAUGCUGGCAGGGGUCGCAGCCGGGUUCGACAUUAGGCUUGCCAAUGCCACCACUCUGCAUCCACGCCUAGUGUCAGACAGGUCGGGUGAGGAGACUUCAGAGCGUGGCCGCUGGUGGUACCACGAACGAAGUGGUGGCAUCCCGCCGCACCUGUCGCCCGACUACGAGUUCUCGACUGCAUCGGGCUACUCUCAUAACACGUACCACGGCCCCACACGGCACUCCCGGCCAGCUCUCGAGGAUGCGAGGCCACUGCGGUUUACCGAUUCUCCCCAGCACCUCGCUGCACAGCCGCAGCAGCUGUCACCGAGGAGGAAGUCGUCGAGCACCAGUAACGAGGGCAGCGAUAUGUAUCCGCCCCCUCCACCUGCACCUUCUGGGGGGAUGCUGGAGCGGCACUAUGCGGACUACGAGGACCUUCCGCCUCCACACAUCCUCCCACACCACUAUGCGAGCUACCAGCCGCCCCCGUACCCACACUACGUACCUGCAGCACACCACUAUGCGGACCGUAUGUACCCCGAAUUUGCGACUGGUGCCAGCGCCACGCCCCCGACGGGAGGGUCUUACGGCUACCACGAGAUGCAGCCUUACGAUGGGAGCCGUGCCGUUUACGAGGGCAAUCGCACGCCGGUCCUCGGUCGCAGCGGUCCCAGGCACCGACGGACACCGUCGAACGUCUCGAAUGCGUCGUCCACCACAAACAGUGCUGGUGGAGUGAACCCCAGCUUCAGGCUGGAGGACGAGGGCGAGUACGGAGUGCCUGCCCCCCACUACCCGCCCCUGCAGGUCACGCAGCAGCUCCAGUACUACCACCGCAGGCAGGCCCUGCCACCACCGGCAACGGGUCCGGACUACGAGCACGCUCCGCCGCCCUACUUCUCUCGCCAGAACUCCUACGACUCGAACGCCUCUGCCGAGAGACCUGGCACGCUCGAAGUUCGACUGAGGUCCAGUUUACGCAGGUACAACUACUCACCGUCAACGGCCCCUUCGACGCCACGCCUGGGAGGCGGCGGUAGCUGCUCCCCGAAGGUCCCACCACCGGGCAGUAGUGGGGGUGGAGGAGGGGGUUCCUCAUCGUCAGGUGGGGCCGGGACGCCAACCAACCCGACACCUCCUGACAGCUUGACAAGUGAGGACAGCAGCUACGUGUCUGCCAAGGAGGGCAGCUGCUCAUCGACGGCCGGGCCACGUGUCCGCUUCUCACCUGUCAUGCAGCACGGCGGAGGUGUUGGCGGGAACAGCUCAUCGGGCAGUGGUGUGGGACUGAUGGACGCCCCCGUGCAGGACUCGACAGUCCCGUUGCCGGUCUCCCGGAGGAAUGCCCCCUACCACCGCAAACCUUCCGUCUCCGAACUGGAACGAGAAUUCCUAUCGUAGCGGCGGCCCCGGGCCCUGAUACGGGCGACCGGUCCUCUGAGUGGAACGUAACUCCCCGUGUGGCGUUCCUAAGCUUGCCUAUCCUUCCUCACGUUCUGGGAGGAAGUCGUAUUUGAUUCGGACACUACCUUCACGUUUUCAGUGGCCGCUCGUUGAGUGCGUUUCUGUGGUAAAUGUAGGUUUGAAGAACUGUUAUACUUCUUUUUUUAGGAAAGUGUGCUUUGCCUGCUGCUAAGUGCUUUUUUUCGAAGAGUGGAGAUGUGUAAUGCUUGUUUUGUAAAUUGUGCCCUCACAAU